AGCAACCGUUUAGGAAACACUGGCAGUAGUGGCUAGCUCGUUAGGCUAGCGUUGGUUUGUUAUGCUAGCGUUAAACACGACGCCGAGGAGUGUCCAAGUCAGCCCUAGUUAAUUAUUGUCACAAGUCAGCGCUAUCUACUCGCAUCGCCGCGCAUGUUACUUAAUUCCAACUUUGCUCCGUGCUUUCUAGCAAGCUGUCGGUGAUGGCACACCGCCGUAACGUUAAAGUGUUAAGUUUAGCUAACUUGGCCAACGUAUUCAGUCUGAACUAGUAUGGAUGUUGAUGACUGCAAUGGACGGUCUUACAUAUCAGCAGGUAGUGGAGACUCUUCAUUGGAAAGAGAGUUUUCUGGAGCUCUUGGAGGUCCAACAGUGAGCACCCCAAACAGCAAGGAAAACUCUCCCAGUCGCUCCCUCAGUGCCAACUCCAUUAAAGUGGAGUUGUAUAGUGAUGAAGACCCAGGUCGGAGUACUGAAGAUGAGCGAGGAGAGCGGGUGGAGGAAGGAGGUCCAGAGCAAGGUUCUGAGGCUGUCACAAGCUAUAGAGAGCUCACCAAUUCUGAAACUAUGCCAAGUGGAGCCACCAGACUGCCAAAUGGAAAGCUCAAGUGUGACAUCUGUGGAAUGAUCUGCAUUGGGCCUAAUGUGCUUAUGGUGCACAAACGCAGCCACACAGGUGAGCGACCAUUUCAGUGUAAUCAGUGUGGCGCGUCCUUCACUCAAAAGGGAAACCUACUCCGCCACAUCAAGCUGCACUCAGGGGAGAAGCCCUUUAAAUGUCCCUUCUGCAGCUAUGCCUGUCGAAGACGGGAUGCACUUACCGGCCAUCUUCGCACUCAUGCAGUGUCUUCUCCAACUGUUGGGAAGCCGUAUAAGUGCAGCUAUUGUGGCCGUAGUUACAAGCAGCAAAGCACUCUGGAGGAGCACCGUGAGCGCUGUCAUAGCUAUUUACAGAGUCUGGAUUUCCAGCAGCCAACCAGUGCACCAAAUUCAGGAGAGGAAAUGAGAGAGCUAGAGUUUAUACCAGAUCCUCUACUGCAGCCAUCCUCAGACAAGAUGGCAUUUAUCGAUCGGCUCGCCAACAGCAUCACCAAACGCAAGAGAUCCACGCCACAAAAAUUUGUAGGGCAGAAGCACAUACGCCUCAACCUUGCAGAUACACCUUACGAGCUCACUGCUAGUUUGGAUAAAGAUGGAGACAUGCACCCAGUGGACCUUGAUGCCCCACACUUUACUGGUCUGGGAGGAGAAUAUGUAGGUGUUGCAGGUACUGGAAGAGGACGGGUAUCAGACACACUCAGAUCCUUGCACCUUCCCACCAGUCACUCUUCAAGUUUAUCAGAACUCAGGCCGAUUCACAGCUUCAGUCAUGCUCCUGUUCCCCUUGGGCCAAGGUUAGAUUGCACAGGGGCAGGAGCUGGCCUGGGAGCUGUGGGUGUUGGGAGCAGGGAGGCAGCAGAGGGUCACGAAGACCUGCCUCCGGGUCGAAAUCACGCCCCUUCUCCUAGCAAUGGCUGCCAGGAUUCUACGGACACAGAAAGCAUGGCAGAUGAGCCUUACAACAGCUGUGCUCCGACUCCGACUUUGUACAGUAACAACGGCCAUCACCUCCUCCACUCUAACAACCAUAACCCAGCACCUCCACCCAUUGCACACCACAGGAGUCGGGGCAGACACAGCCCCAGUCAUGCCAAAGACCGGGAGAUGAAAAGAGAGGAUGGAGGCCAUUCUGCUCUCCCUCCUCCCACACAUGCUCCAACACCGAGCUCACCUACGGCACCCUCUUCUACCUCCAAGGAGACUUUUCGGGUUGUAGACGGGGAGGGGCGAGCUGUGCGCUCUUUCCGCUGCGAGCACUGCCGCGUGCUUUUCCUGGACCAUGUUAUGUUUACAAUCCACAUGGGUUGCCAUGGUUUUCGGCAGCCUUUUGAGUGCAACAUCUGUGGCCAUCGCAGCCAGGAUCGCUAUGAAUUUUCUUCGCACAUUGUCCGUGGAGAGCACAUCUUUGACUGAGAAUAAAAGGACAGCCUGCUGCCCUUA